AGCAAGUUGCCCUUCAAUACAGUUGCAGACAUGAGAUCUUACUCAGCCUUCUUGGUUCUCUUCCUCCUUGUUUCGUUCACUUUCGGGAUUGAUGCAAGAAGAUGUCCAGGAGAUUAUUGGAAGAGUGUCAUGAAUGAAGAACCGAUCCCUGAAGUAAUUUCAGAUAUUUUGCACCAAGACACUGCCUCAGAACCAUGUGAGAAGGAAACUGUGGACACAGACCGUUUGGCCAGAGAUUUUGACAUGAGGUCUAGUGUGAUAAUUUAUCACAGGGAUGCUGAUUCCAAAAGAGUGAAGACAUUUGAUGCUGAUGGUGUGAAAAUGAGGGAUAAUAUUGAUAGUGCACAAUCUGAGUCGAGACAAAAAGUUCAAGAGCAGAAUAAUGCAUAAAGACUAGAUCAAGAAGAUUUUCUGCACUAGCCGUAGUUACUGUAUUUUAUAUUUAGAACAUAGAUAGUUUAGACCUAUGUUUAAGAUCAGUGUUGAUCUUGCUAUCUUUGGUGGUAUACACAGACAAAUCUAUCUACAGUUGUAUUUGCUCAUAUUUUUUCUUGUACUCGAUUAAGUGCUGAGAAUGUUCCUUGGGGAUGA